CUGUCUCUCUCACUCGCUCACCCUGAAGAAAACAAAGACCUAGAUCCCCUCCUCCCCUCCCACUCUCACUCCCCUCCGGCUCCUCCGAUGGCGGCCACGCCUCACCCGGUGACCACCCUCGACGACGUGGAGGAGCUGCUGCGGUCCUCUAAGGAGAAGGGGGAGGAGGUCCCCUGCUGCCAACUCGAGGCGGACGCGGCCAUCAACGCCGCCGUCAAGCUCAAGGCCAUGGUCGACUCCGGCGCCGUCCGCCUCGUCAACCAGGUGAUGCUGGCCAACAAGCUGCAGGCCAAGGCCACCGUGGAAGAAGGGUUCAAGGAGAUCAUCGACCGGACGCUGUUCUCGCCCCGGGAGAUGCAGGCGCUGGACGAGAGCAUCGCCGUGCUCAAGAACAGGCUCCAGAUCCCCUACGCGGUCGCUUACCCGGAGUCCAUGGAGGAAGAAGCAAUAAUCUCUGAGGUGCAGUCUCAACGGGUGGCGUGGGCUAUGGGUCUCAUGGGGCUGGAGGUUGAGAAGGAGGUGCUGGAAGAGCAGGCACCGAAGGAACUGGAGGAGUUCCAUAGCAUGCUUGCUGAUGCGCUGCAGACGCCUUCAUUCAUGGGCUCGGGGAGCACAGACCACAAGUUCCUCACCCAUUCUGGGCAGCUCGAGCUAGAUGACAUGGAGUAAAACCAUUGAGUUACCACUGACUAGCUACCAUAUGCUUUGCUCGAAUGUCUGGUAGACUCUGCUUCCAUUUUGGCUGCCAAACCAUCUAUCUAUCUUGGGGCAGGAAUUAGUUUUAUAUUAUGUAGGUUGGGUGAUGAGAGUAUGUCUCCCGUCUAAUUGGUCACCAUUUGCAGAAAGAACGGCCGUAGUUAACCGGUUUAGAAGUCGUGAGAACCUUUAAUGGAUGAUGCUUUGCGGUUGCAGAAUCGAACAUGUAACCUACCUGGCUUCUGUUUAUUAGUGUUGUUGCUUGAUUUGCUA